UGGAGUUACUGCAUCUCUGUCGGCAUUGUCACAAAUGAACACUGUGACGAUUAGAGCCAACAUGGCGGAGAGCGAGAGCUUGGAGACUAUCACCGAACAUGAGCGAAUAUUACAGGAGAUCGAGAGCACGGACACGGCGUGCGUGGGGCCGACGCUACGAUCCGUUUACGAUGAUCAGCCCAAUGCACACAAAAGGUUUAUGGAGAAACUUGACGCCAGAAUACGCAACCAUGACAGAGAGAUUGAGAAAAUGUGCAACUUCCAUCAUCAGGGAUUCGUGGACGCCAUCACAGAACUGCUGAAGGUCCGAGCAGAUGCUGAGAAGCUGAUGGGCCAAGUGAGCGACACCAAUCGAAGACUUCAAGACGCCGGACGGGAGGUGACGGCCCAAACGGAGGAGGUCAUCCGCUGCCGAAUUCAACAGAGGAACAUGGCUACCACGGUGGAGAAGUUGCAGCUCUGCAUUCCCGUCCUGGAAAUGUACAGCAAAUUAAAGGAGCAGCUUGAAUCGAAAAGAUACUACUCUGCAUUGAAAACCAUGGAGCAGCUACAAAACAUUUAUAUUCCCAGAGUGAGCCAGUACAGGUUCUGCCAAAUCAUGGCUGAGACGCUUCCUAAACUCCGAGAGGAGAUUAAGGAGAUCUCCAUGUCCGACCUAAAAGACUUCUUGGAGAGUAUCCGAAAGCACUCGGAUAAAAUUGGUGAAACCGCAAUGAGACAGGCUCAGCAGCACCGUACGUUUAACAGUGCAGUGCAGAAGCAGGUGACUCUGAGCUGUGCCAAACCUCUGUAUGGUCUGAAUGGCCGAACACCCCUCCAACACAACGGCCUGAGCACAGAGGCAGCGGACGAAGAGGAGAUGGAUGAGAAGGUCUUGACGGUGCAGGAUCUGGUGGAUUUUUCGCCAGUCUACCGAUGUCUUCACAUCUACACUGUUUUGGGAGACAGGGAGACGUUUGAAAAUUACUAUAGGAAGCAAAGAAAAAAACAAGCAAGACUAGUACUGCAGCCUCAGUCUAACAUGCACGAGACAAUGGAGGGCUACAGGAAGUACUUUAAUCAGAUUGUCGGGUUCUUUGUGGUGGAGGAUCACAUACUACACGCCACACAAGGCCUGGUGACUAGAGCCUUCACAGACGAACUGUGGAACAUGGCCCUGUCCAAAAUCAUCGCAGUGCUCCGCACACACUCCUCCUACUGCAAUGAUCCCGACCUGGUCCUAGAACUGAAGAACCUGAUAGUUAUAUUUGCAGACACUUUACAGGGUUAUGGCUUCCCUGUCAACAGACUUUUUGACCUUUUGUUUGAGGUUAGAGAUCAGUACAACGAAACAUUGCUCAAAAAAUGGGCCCUGGUGUUCAGGGAUAUUUUUGAGCAGGACAACUACAGCCCCAUUCCAGUGGAAAAUGAAGAGGAGUAUAAGGCCGUGAUCAGUCGCUUCCCCUUCCAUGAUGCAGAGAUAGAAAAGCAACAAUUUCCAAAGAAGCUGCCCAUGUCCCAGUCAGUGCCUCAAAUCUACUCUCAAGUGAAGGAGUUUAUUUACGCCAGCUUGAAGUUCUCCGAGUCACUCCAUCGCAGCUCAACUGAGAUUGACGACAUGCUCCGUAAAUCCACCAACCUCCUGCUGACGAGGACGUUGAGCAGCUGCUUACAAAAUCUAAUCAAAAAGCCACACAUAGGAUUAACCGAGCUAGUUCAAAUUAUCAUCAACACCACCCAUUUAGAGCACGCGUGUAAAUACCUGGAGGAUUUUAUCACGAACAUCACCAAUGUUUCCCCGGAAACGGUUCAUACCACAAGACUCUACGGGCUUUCCACCUUCAAGGAUGCUAGACAUGCAGCCGAAGGAGAAAUAUACACCAAACUCAACCAGAAGAUUGAUGAAUUCAUUCAGCUGGCUGAUUAUGAAUGGGGCAUGGCAGAGUCGGACGGCAGGGCCAGCGGCUACCUCAUUGACCUUAUUAACUUCCUGCGUAGCACCUUCCAGGUCUUCACACACCUUCCAAAUAACAACAAUGAUCAUGCUGCGAUGUCGGGUAAGGUGGCACAGACGGCGUGUAUGUCUGCCUGUAAACACCUGGCCACGUCACUGAUGCAGAUGCUGCUGGAUACUGAGCUCAAACAGAUCAGCAUGGGAGCCAUUCAGCAGUUCAACCUGGAUGUCAUACAGUGUGAACUUUUUGCCAGUUCAGAGCCCGUGCCAGGAUUCCAGGGGGACACACUGCAGUUGGCCUUCAUUGACCUCCGACAGCUUCUAGAUCUGUUCAUGGUGUGGGAUUGGUCCACGUACCUGGCAGACUACGGACAGCCCACCUCAAAGUACCUGCGGGUGAACCCCUCCACUGCACUAGCACUUUUGGAAAAAGUCAACAGAGGAAUGAAAGACACAAGCAAAAAGAACAUCAUCUUCUCCCAGUUCAGGAAGAACGACCGUGACAAGCAGAAAUUGAUCGAGACAGUGGUGAAGCAGCUGAGAAGUCUGGUGAAUGGAAUGUCCCAGCAUUCCUAGAGGCAUCCACAUGAACUCCAAACACUGGGCUGGGUUUGACAAUGUAACUUACAAACUAGGUUAUACUUCUAGCUUUGGCCCUUUUUUCAAAAUCCAAUAACUCGCUGUAAGGUAACUACUCUCAAAAGUACUGUGGUAUAUUUUGACUGCAUCCUCCAUGUCUCCUGCCAAAAUAUUCACCACUGUAGGUUAAUAAUGUAAAUAUGGUACAAAAAUGAAGAGAAAAAAAAUGAAUUUAUGCAGUAAUUUUUUGUAAUGUAUUUUUAAAGGUUGAGAAUUAUGUUUUGUACGUUGUGAAAGUGCAAUGACUCCUAACACUACACUUGAGAGAGCGGCGGUGUGUAUGUGACUGGUGAUGCUGAUGGUCAUAUUGCAACCUGUAUGAAAUUCUCCCUGGUGUAACAUGGAUGAAGUUUUUAUUGUAAAUAUAUUUAAAUAUAUUUAACACCGCUAUGGAAUCAUGCUUCCCAUUGGUCUGCCAAUGAAUAGACUGGCAGACCAAUGUUUAGCAUUUGCAUGAGAAUGCAUCGUUUUUUUCUUUUUUUUUAUGUUGGCA